UGCCAGCGCGUAGUCAAAUAUGAUUAAUCGUACUACGAGUAAUCGGGUUUUUUUAAAGAUGUUUAACAAGAUUUUAUUAAUUGCUUUAAUUGCUAGCUUGUAUUUAUACUUUGAGAUAGAUGCAGACAGCAUUGAUGAUAAACUACAGGCACAAAGGCUUAAAUUAUCACAAAUAUGCACAGACGCCGGAUUUAAAUUUGCUUGCGUUUUAGAUAGAACUUGCGUUCCAAGUUGUGCUUACUAUGAAGUAGAUGCUGAAAAAAAUAAUUGCCAGUAUAUAAAUGAAUCUACAUAUGAUCCUGAUAUGGUUGAGCACUUCCAGUGUACGGAUCCAAAUUAUCCCGUUGAUGACUUUGCACAAUGCGAUGGUGGAUCAUGUGGAAGAAUAUUCUGAAGACAAUAAAUAAUUAUUAAUAUUAAUUCAUUAUCAAAAAUAAAAAGAUUUUUAAUAGAAUUUUAAAAAAAAACAAUGAAGAACGGACAAACUUUUCUUAAAAAAUAAAUAAUUUAAAGAAUUGAUAUGAUUUUGUACUUUCACAUUUAAUUUUAAUAAUUUUUUAAUUAGUGGUGUGCUAGUAGUGAGGACUUACGAAUUGUUCGUAAGUUUUCGAAUUAUUUAAAAUUGUAAUUUUUCUGAUAACUCAAAUUGCUGUCAGAAGUAAAUAGAGCUCAGACACAAUUUUACGAAGUAAU